AAUUUACCAGCUACCAUAUUAUCUCAGCACAGAUGCUUCGAUUCCGGUCAUCCAACUGAAUGCUCGCUCACUCACGCUGCUUGACCACUCACUCCAUGGAUCUCGAGCAUGGCAGCAAGAAGCCCUCUGCUGCACCGGCUGAAACCUCAACCUGCACGCUCCUGCAGCUCAGGGGCAAGCUCGUCACCCUGCAGCCGGUCGUGCUGCGCGCGUCUGUGGUCCUGGCCACCGCGGCGGCGGCCAUGGUCAUGGUGCUCAACACCCAGUCCUACACCGCGGUGGUUGCCAUCGUCGGCACCCGGCCGCUCAUGCAGACCUUCACUGCAAAGUUCAGGGACACGCCUGCGUUUGUAUACUUUGUCGUAGCCAACUCCAUUGCCGGUGUGUAUAACCUGGUGGUGUUGCUGCUGAUGAGGCGCUUUCUGCGUUCAAGGACGGCGAGUUUAGUUGUGCAGAUGCUUGACAUGGUGAUCAUGGCUCUGUUGGCUACCGGUGCCGCCACAGCGGCCUCGAUGGCCGAGCUAGGCAAGAACGGUAACUUGCACGCGCGGUGGAACCCGAUAUGCGACAGAUUUGGUUCCUUCUGCAGCCGCGGAGGCAUCGCGCUGGUGUCAUCGUUCAUCGGCGUCGCCUUCAUGCUGGCCCUGAACCUGCUGUCAGCUGCAGCCAGCGCUCACCGGCCCAGUGCGGCGGGGCGAUGAGUAGUCUGCAUCUCAGACAGCUCAUCCACAACAAUGCAUUGUUCCUGCACCUGGAUAUCACUCUGGUCAGGGCAACACAACUGUGAGUGAAUGAGUGAGUGAGUCUCUCUGAUACACAUGUGGGAGCUGGAUCGCAGCAGAGAGUACUGCCAAAUGUGGUGCCAAACUGUUGCAUCAUGCUUGGCCUGAAAUGAGUAAACCAAGCAAGAGUAGACAAGCACAUAACUGCAGUUGGUUAUGGAUAUUUGAUUAGAUCAGUUCUUACAUAAAUCGAGUCGUUGCGCUAUUAAAAUCCUACUGGUCCGUGGUUGUAAGUUAUAACUGGUAGUGUUGUAUAGAUGCUACUUUCUUGGGUAUGCUACUUUCCAAACGAUUUGUGCUUAUUGUACUGCAUGGGACUUUGUCUUAUGAGUAAAAUGUACCGGCUAUCUCUAAAAUUGUUCGGGGUGUCAUCAGAUCCCCAAACUCUCAAAGUACAUAUUUGAGUCAUCCAGGUUUAAAAUCUCAAAAAUACCCCUCCGCCCACAUGGCCGCUGUCAGAGAGAGGAUGGGCAAAGCAUGCCUAUUG